UCCUGGUGUCCCUGUGGCACUGCCCCGAUCUGCCCCACACCGCCGGAGCCAUGGGGCCUCCAUGGGCCUUCAGCCUCUUCCUCCUCCUCUUCCUCACUAAGUUAAUGGAGGGCAGCUCCCAGGACCCUGAGUUGGUGCUGGUGGCCCCCCGGCGUGUGGCCCUGGGGACCCCCAUGGGGCUUUUGGUGGCAUCUGUGGGACCGGUGACAGGGACAGUGACGGCGUGGGCUGAGGGUGACCGUGGGGCCGGGCCCUGUGCCCUCCCUGUCCCAUUUGCCCUCACAGCCCACAACAACUUCAACCAACUCCUACAAAUUGAGGUCACCCCAGUGCAGGCAGAGCGGUGUGGGGCGCUGUGGGGUCGGGGGCUGCUCCUGGAGGCCCACAGCCCCCGCUUGCCACCCCCCGGCACCCAGAGUCUACGUGUGGCCCUGGGGGGGCCGCGGGGUCACCUCAUUGUGCAGACAGACAAACCUCUCUACGCCCCCCGACAGACUGUGCGUUUCCGUGUCUUCUCCAUGGACCCCAACCUACAGCCGAACCCUGAACCUGUCCUGGUCACCAUCACGAACCCAUUGGGUGCACGAGUGCGGGAGGUGCAGCGGGUGCCCCUGGACACGGUGCUGAGUGACCAGCUGGUGCUGCCUGACAUUGCCCUCCCAGGGACAUGGCACAUACGGGCACAGUUGGCUGCCAGUCCCAACACCAACAGCUCCACCGCCUUUGAGGUGCGCAAAUACGUGCUGCCUGGCUUCGAGGUGAGCAUCCGCCCUGAACGUGGCUUCAUUGUGUUGAGCGAUCCUGAACCGGCCCCACUGCGCGUCCACCUGCAUGUCCAAUUCCCAGAUGGGGCUCCAGUAUGGGGCCGUGCACAGCUGCGUGUGGGGCUGCGGGAUGCCGGGGGCCAGGGGGGUCGCUUCCUGAGGGGUCUGGAGCAGCAAUGCCAGGUGACAGAAGGCCACGCCUCCAUGGAGGUAUCCCCGGUGGGUGUAGCUAAAGCAGCUGGCGUUGCGCUGACCGACCUGCAGGGGGCGCUACUGCGCCUGACGGUGGGCGUGGUCGAAUCGGCAGGGGGGGAGCUCGUGGAGCGGGAGCUGCUGGUACCGCUGGUUCUGUCCCAAUGGAUGCUGCAGCUGCAAAAGAGCGCACGGUUCUUCGUGCCCGGAGCACCCUACACCCUUCUGGGCCGGGUGCUGCAGGCCGGCGGGGUCACAGCCCCGGGGGUCCCUGUGAAGGUGACAGUGGGGGUGACCGGAGCCCCCUCACCGCCCCUCAUAGAGCUGCGGGCAGACAACAGUGGGGACAUCAUCGUCCCCAUCAACGUCCCCAAAGGAGCCAACAGGAUGGAGCUGAGCGUGGAGGCAGGACAACCCGGUGCCACCCCAGCGCGGGCACAGCUGAUGGUGACCCCAAUGACAGCGGUGUCGGGGCAGUUCCUGGUGCUGGGGGGUCCCCGGGGGUCUGUCCGUCCAGGGGAAGAGCUGAGGCUGCAGCUGCACCAUAUGGGGCCGCCCCCUACUCCGAAGCGCUUCCACCUCCUGGCAAUGGCCCGUGGGAGGGUGGUGGCGGCCCACACGGUGGCCUCACAGGUGACACUGACAGAGGUGGCACUGCCGGUGACAGCGGACAUGGCCCCAUAUCUCCACGUCGUUGCCUUCUUCCUGAGUGGGGGAAAUGUGGUGGCUGCUGCGUGGGGGGGGGCUGUGCAGGGGGGCUGUGAUGAGCAGGUGCAGGUGAAGGUCCCUCCACGCGGGACCACCCUUCGCCCUCAGGACCCAAUGAUGGUGACGGUGACAACGGGGACUCCAGUCACAGUGGCCAUUGGAGCCAUUGACACCACAGUGCUGAACCUGGAACCACGGCACCGCCUGAAUGCUGCCAAGGUGGAGGCGGUUCUGGGCAGCAGUGAUUUGGGGUGCAGCCACAGGGGUGGCCCCGAUGCUGUUGGGGUCUUUGGGGCUGCAGGACUUGUGCUGGGAUGGCGGGGUGGCAGCCCCACAGCGCAAGUAGCCCCCCACUGUCCCCUGGCCCCCACCCGUCAACGCCGCUCUCUGGAGCUGCUGAAACUGCUGGAGGAGAAGGCGGGGCCAUGGCGCAAUAACACGGUGAUGUGGCGCUGCUGCCGGGAUGGAGCCACGGUGCUGCCCAUCCGAGCCACGUGCCAGCAGAGGGGACAGCGGGUGACAAAGGUUGGGGGCUGCCAAGACGCCUUCCUGCAGUGCUGUGAGGUGGCACAGAACCUGAGGAGGAAGGGACAGAGCAGGGGGUUGGGACGGGUGCUGGAGGCACAGCUGGCAGAGCAGCUGUUGGAUGAUGAUGAGGACGUCCCCACAAGGAGCUUCUUCCCUGAGAGCUGGCUGUGGCGACGCAUCCGUGUCACCGGCACCAAGCGACUCUCAGUGCUGCUCCCCGACUCCAUCACUACAUGGGAGAUUCAGGCGGUCGCCAUCGUCCCCGGGCAUGGGCUGUGUGUGGCGGAGCCGCAGCGGGUGACGGUGACACAGGACGUGCGCGUGGCUCUUCGGCUUCCCCCCAGCAUCCGUCCCCGAGAGCAGCUGCAGCUGCAGCCCCUCAUCCACAGCAGGCUGCCCCGCAGCAUCAACGUGACAGUGUCACUGUCAGCAGUGGAGGGGGUGUGCGCAGCGCUGGAAGGGGUCCCCCAAAUGCUAGAGCUGCCCCCGGGGCGGGCAGUGGCUGCACCCCUCACCCUGGUGGCCCUUCACCCUGGGGACAUCCCCAUCACCAUCACUGCUCGCGGGCCAUGGGGGCUGGGGGACCGCAUCACACGAGUCCUGCAUGUCGAGCCCGAGGGAGAGCUGCACCUGGAGGAGAGCACCUACGUCCUGGACACAGAUGAUAAACGGAGCCGGAGCCUGAAGCUGCCAGGGGACGUCCCUGCUGAGAUCGUCCCUGAUGGGGACUUCAGCAUGAGCAUCCGUGUCAGUGGCCGAGUGCCAGGCUGGGCACUGCAGGGUGCUCUGGGGGUGGGGGACACCCUGCUCCGCUCCCCCCGGGGCUGUGGGGAGCAGUCCCUGAUGUCAAUGGCACCCACUGCUGCUGCUCUGCGGUUCCUGGAUGAGAGUGAAGGAUGGGGGCAGCUGCCCCCCGGGCACCGACAGCGCGGCCUCAGAACCCUGCAGCAGGGCUUCGAGAGGGUUCAGAGCUUCCGCAAGAGCGACGGCUCCUAUGGGGCAUGGCUGCACCGGGACAGCAGCACCUGGCUGACGGCGCUGGUGCUGCGUGUGCUGGCUCUAUCCCGGACCUAUUUACCAGUGGCUGCCAGCGGUCCCGCUGAGUCCCUGCGGUGGGUGCUGGAACAGCAGCGCCCAGAUGGUGCCUUCUUGGAGCACAGGGCUGUGAUUCACCGUGAGAUGCAGGGUGGUGUGGCAGACCCUGGUCCAGAGGCCACCGUGUCGCUGACGGCCUUUGUGGUGGUGGCCCUCCAUGGUGCCCGUGCUCUGCUGCCCCAGGACAGCCCCGAGCUGCCCCUCUUGGACAAAUCCCUGUCCCGGGCCUCCACGUUCCUCCGGGGCCGCGUGGAGCAGUUGGGGACCUAUGGGACAGCCAUCACCUCCUAUGCUUUGACACUGGUGGACACAACUCCUCCGGGGCCACAUCCAGCAGUGGAACGUCUGCGGGGCAUGGCCCGGAGCGCCCACGGUGGCCGUGCAACCUUCUGGCCAUCCGGUGGCCCCGCAGCCACAGUGGAGGCAACAGGUUAUGCCCUUCUGGCACUGCUGCAGAGCCGCAACAUUGCUGGGGCUGGGAGGGCAGCACGAUGGCUCCGACAGCAGAGCAAUUAUGGUGGUGGCUUCCAUUCCACGCAGGACACAGUGGUGGCCCUGGAGGCGCUGGCCCAGAUGUGGCUGCACUGGGGCCGCGGGAGCUCAUCGGAGAUGAACUUGGGGCUCUCCUGGCCAGGGAGUGCCCGGGGGAAGGCUGGUGGCACUCGGGUGACGCUGAAGCCAGGACUGGAGCCGCUGGAGCAGGAGCUGCAGGUGCCUCUGGGCAGCCCAGUGACGGUGCAGGUGGAGGGACAUGGCGAAGGAACGUUGACGGUGCUCCGCCAGUUCCGCCUGCUGUCACCUCCCAAUGCCACCUGCCAGGCACUGCACCUAGAGGUGGCCAUCACUGGCCCCAUCUUAUACCAUGCAGAUGAGGACUAUGAGGGCUAUGACUACGAGGAGGCGGAGCCUAAAGAGGGGGAGGAGCCUAUGGAAGGGGCGGGGCCUAUUGAAGGGGAGGGGGCAGCAGAUGACCCCACCCCAUUCAGCCCCAUAUCCUCAUGGGAUGCCCGGAAGCGCCAUCGCCGCAGCACACAAAGCUCAGCCCACGAGGUGGCCUUCCUGGUCUGCUUCUGGCGGAGCCCAGAGGUGGUGCUAACAGGGAUGGUGGUGGUGGAGAUCUCUCUGCUCAGUGGCUUCUCACCCCAUAGGACAGAUCUGGACAAGCUGCGGGACGUGGUGGAUCACUGGAUCAGUCACUAUGAGCUGGAUGGGAACCAGUUGGUGCUGUACCUGGACGAGGUCCCCUCUGAGCGGCAGUGUCUCAGUUUUGGUGCCACCCAGGACGUGGCCGUGGGUCACAUGCAGCCAGCAAUGGCGGCCAUCUAUGACUACUAUGAGCCUGGUCAGCGCUGCACCAUCUUCUACAACGCCCCACAAAGGAGCAGCACCAUCGCCACGCUGUGCUCCCCCAAGAUCUGUGAAUGCGCCCAAGGGGGAUGUCCCCAUGCCCAGAGGAAGACACAAGAUGUGACGGCUGAUGACCGCCAUGACUUUGCCUGCUACAGCCCCCGUGUGGACUAUGCGCUGGUGGUUCGGGUGCUGUCCCAGAGUGAGAUUGGGGCUUUUGUGGCAUUUGAGACAGAAAUCAAGGAGGUGCUGUUUGGAGGGCAGGACACAACAGCGGCCCCUGGGGAGCGGAGACGGCUUCUGGUGCGGAAGAGCUGCCCACUACGCCUGCAACCCCAUAACAUCUACCUGGUGAUGGGGGGUAGUGGGGGCACGCGGGACCCUGAGGGGCGCCCCCAGUUCCUACUGGGCCCCAACUCUUGGGUGGAGGAGGUGCCGUCCCCUGGACACUGUAGGGCCACACGGCUACGGGGUCACUGCACCCAACUGCAGGAGUUCAUCACCCGCCUGAGCCAACUGGGAUGCCAGCUAUGAGCCAGUGGGAGCAACUGGGAGCCCGUGGGAGCCACUGGGAGCCACUGGGAGCCACUAAGAGCAACUGGGAGCCACUGGGAGCCACUGGGAGCCAUUGGGAGCCACUGGGAGCAACUGGGAGCAACUGGGAGUAACGGAACAACUGGGAGCAACUGGGAGCCAUUGGGAGCCACUGGGAGCUACUGGGAGCAUGUUGGGUGCAGCUGGGGCCAUUUUUGAAGUCAACUGGCACCACUGUUGGAUCGGUUGGGAUCAACUGGGAAUAAACCAGUAUUGAUUGUGACCGUG